AACAUGGUCAGCAUCCAUUGAUUGAUGUGCGCGCUAACCAUCGUCGGGCUAAUCCCGAUGAGUGACAAGCGCUUAAGCCAAUUGCCGCGAAGGCAAAACCUCUACUCCCAUAGUAUCUUUAUUUUUGGAAACCAUAAAAACGCUUUUCACAACGGAGAGGGGCGACCUAGCGAUCGUAAAGCUAAUAAAAACAUUCGUGGCUCCCCACAGUCGACAAUCGUGAGGGCAGCUCGUUGCGUGAUUGACGGGCCCUCGUCCGUUUUUUUUUUUGUGUUUUUUUUUUUUUAUAUGUCGUGACUGGAGCGAUGCAAAUGUCACACGAAUCAUCGGUGAAUGUCUUUAUUAUGCCGUUGGAGUGAGAAUUCGCCCACAUUGCUACCGUGGAAGGAAGCCGGAUACACGUUUCAGCACCCGGACAGCUCCUCGUUCUUGCUCCCUCCUCCUCGUCCUCCUCCGCGGGACUCCCACUGAGCUCGCCGGGGAAGCCCUCCGCCGAUCCGCGGCGUCAUCUCACGGCUCCGAUGGAGUUGAUGGUGGUAUCGAACAGGGCUCCAACUGCUACUGUGAUGCCGGUCCACGAUGCGUGUCGAGUUUGAGUUUCACCCGCGGGGAGCUUUCACUCUUCGGCCAUGUGAGUCCCACUCAGGUUUAACAUGAAAACAGAAUAUACGGGGUGAAUUACAGCACAAGAACACGAGGACGGACAGGUGGAAAAGUGGCAAUAAGAAGUAUCCAUAUCUCUUCUCCCGCUCACCAGACGACAUGGCUAAUGCUGGGGAUGUGGAGACUGCAGCUCUGUCAGACUUGGAAGUCAUCUCACAGCAGGUGGACGAUGAGAGCCAGUGCUUGGCUCCUCCGGUCCAACUGAUGAGUUUUGGCUAUAGAGACCUUCCCCUGACAGCACUGGAUCUCUCGAUGGCUGGCUCGCAGCUCCUUUCCAAUGCUGAUGAAGAUGAAGGCAGGGAAGGGUCCAACUGGCUAAAGCCCUGCUGCGGCCGUCGAGUGGCCCUGUGGCAGCUCUGUCUGCUCAGUGCCGGCUUCAACUGUGUCCUGGUAGCCUGCGUUAUCCUGGUGGUGCUCUUCCUCUCCCUGGAGCUACUCAUCGACACCAAGCUCCUUCAAUUUACCAAUGCUUUCCAGUUUGCCAGCAUCAUCCACUGGAUCAGUUUGAUCAUCCUGUCACUUUUCUUUUCCGAGACUGUCUUCAGAAUUGUAGUGCUCGGCAUCUGGGACUACAUCGAGAACAAAGUAGAGGUGUUUGACGGCGCCGUCAUCGUGUUGUCUCUGGCCCCCAUGGUGGCCUCCACGGUAGCCAACGGGCCCAGCAGCCCCUGGGAUGCCAUCAGCCUCAUCAUCACCUUGCGCAUCUGGAGGGUGAAGAGGAUCAUCGAUGCUUAUGUGCUCCAAGUCAAAGUGGAGAUGGAGCUGGAGAUCCAACAGUGCGAGAAGACGAAAGCAGUGCGAGAGGAGCAGCUGGAGCGUCUCACUCAGAUCUGCCAGGAACAGGCUUUUGAGAUCAGGCAGCUACGGGCACACCUGGCCCAGCAGGACCUGGACUUGGCGUCUGAGCGCGAGGCUGCUAUGCAGAUCCAUCGUGUAUGGGCCAAGCAGGGUAGGAGUGUACAGGUUGUGGAGGGCUCGACUCCUGGGGAGUCGGACGACGAGGGAGCUCACAGGAAUCCCAGGGAGCUGCACGCCACUGCAGAUCCAGUUGUACGUGAUGACAUGAACAACUACAUCAGCCAGUACUACAGUGAAGCAAGCAGUGAUGGCAGGACUUGUGGCUUAGGGCCCCGCGUCGUCACCACGGCCUCCAUUGACAUCCACCUCCCGACCAAUCACAUCCAGUCCAACGCCGCUCACGAUCUGAACUUGAGCUACAGCUCCCACCCCAGCUGCCCCCCUUCUUUCUCGAGCCAGGACCAGAGCACGGUAGUCCAGGAGCUCCUCUCGUCUCUUUCUGAGGACUCCUGCCUCGCUCAGAAAGGACUGACUGUGGAUCCGGUCAACCUUAAGCUCCCCAGUCCCACUGGCUCCGAGAAAGCUAGCCCAGAGAUGGACAACAGAAUAAAGGUGUUCAACCGCAGGAACCACCAGGAGAGGCGGGGCCGAGGCUGCGUCCUGCUGCAAACCAAGCCACUCAUCCACCUGCAGGGCGGCGCUGCCGAGCCCUCGCUGGAGGAGAAAUACCGUCUCCUUGGUCCGGCCGACACACCUUUGGGACACAUGUCGGACACAUAGCACACUUACAUCUGCACUUUACGGAAACUUGAACCUCGUGAGAGCGACACAAAAGCCCAACGCACGCAAGAGCGAUGCGGCUGAGUGCGACUGAACUGUCAUGCAGUGUGUGGGGCUCUGCAACUAGUUUUCUUGAGAGGCUGACCGCUGGCGCUCUAUUUUUGCCGCGAUGAGAAAUUUGAAUUGCAGACGAAUGGCAUCACGUCACAAAUUUUAAAAUGUCAUGUUGGAUCACAUUUGCUUUCAACAAUGACAUUUCCAAUUCUGGGUAUGAACAAGAGCCAGCCGGCCGCCGCCAAGCCGGACCAAUACAAUAUAUACAAUGCUGGAGUUAAUGUGUUUUACAAUGUCAACAAUACAGUAUAUGACUACGACCACUAACGAUAAUAUUAUUAAUACUUAGUCAUAUUGCUGUCAAAGGGUAGAAUUCUUGAAUCAUGAAAAUGCAAGGUUUGUUGAGUCUAUCACACUGUGUGUGUGUGUGUGUGUGUGUG